AUGGGCGACGAGUGCGCGGGCAACAGCGUUUACUCCACUUCCGCACCUCUACGCUCUUUCAUAAACGAUAGCGUACUCCUUACCGACACCAAUAGCAGCAGAAAGCGUCCGAUAGACGCACUAAAUGGUCUUGUUACACGCUCUCCACCCUCUUCUCCAUCAGUGCGCGUGUCCAACCUUCCUUCUCUGCCACAAAUUUAUAAAACGAACAUCUCAAGCUCAAGAAUAAACAGCAGUUUCUCAUCUGUGUCUACGUUAUCGUCUUCAUGGAGUGUCAAGAGCACACGAGACUUGGAGCAAGAACCGGAUGACCCACUAUCACUUAAACGUUCGAGAAGAGCGCCUGUUUCUGUUGAGGAGUCGAUUCUGAUCAGUGACAUGUCAGAGCACCGAGGUAUGAUGCUAAGUAGUGUAACACAAGACAGAGACAAGAAAGACGAGCAAUUUGAAGCAUUGAGAGAAGAUUCCCAAACUCUGAUGGAAGGGAUGCGUAUUUCCCAGCAAAACACACAAGAAUGUACACAUACAUUAGAAGAUAGUCCCUCCCUGUGUCUCAUGAGACUUGUACUGCAUCCUGAAGUGGACAGAGCCGUGACUGCUUUUCAAAAGAAUGCAUUAAAAAAGAAGGGACUAUAUCGCAUUGAAAUGCACAUGCUCAAGCCUAAAGUAAAGCUUGGAAGAGAAGAAUAUGGGCAUAUUUUUGAUAAAAAGACAAGUGCAUUCGAUCCAGUUAAAUUAAGCAGAACACACUGUAUUAUUGAGACGGCACUCGAUCCAGAGACACAUCGGCAUACAGUUUUUAUUACAGACAAAAGUACAAAUGGAAUUAGAAUCGAUGGAGUUCAGGCACAAAAGGACAAAAAGUAUAAGCUGGUGGACGGACAGAAGAUAACACUGUUAUCGUCUCGACAGGGAGAUGUGCUGCUUGGAUAUGUCGUGGAAGAUCCUCAUGUAAGAGGAGUGCAAGAAAGCACGAGAGUGAACGAAUUGCAGGAUGCAUCUCAACAGGGACCAAACUUCCAGGAGUACACAAUGGGUGUGUUGUUUUCGGCCCCAUUAGUCGGAAAAGACAAUCAGGGCAAGUACCAUCCUAUCGCUGAGUUGGACGUUAAGCGCGAGUACUUUAUCCUACAAAAGAGUCUGAUAGAAGCAUCGAAAUUUGCAAAGCGACUUGCAACAGGUAAUGACGGAUUAAGCAACAGCGUCCCUGGCACUUUGUCCACGGUGUAUCAAUGCCCGCGUCGAAUCAGCGUGGUUGCCAAGUUUGCGAACACGGAUACAUUUCGAGCCAUGAUUACGCUUGGAUGUCGAACACUUCACUUCUCAGGCCAUGGCAAUGAGAAUCACUUGUACUUUGAAGAUGGAAUGGGGUUGGUGCAUCCGAUCCCGCACAAAGGUCUGCAGGAAUUGUUUUUGGCAGGCGGUGGGGGUGAGUCAACAUUGCGUCUUGUAUUUGUUUCUGCAUGCUCCUCUGCAGCGCUGGCUUAUGCUUUCGUAUCAUGUGGAAUUCCGCACGUCAUCGGUGUUCGCACUAAUCAAGAGAUCGAAGAUUACGCGGCUAUUGAGUUUACGCGCGCGUUCUACCUGGCACUUGCAACCGGUAAGUCUGUGGGGGCAAGCUUUACCAUAGCGCAACAAUCGGUUGCAAAAUCGCCAAAUAUUCGAGGACCCAUGGCAGUUGCUAAAAAGUUUAUGCUACUUCCAGAGGACGGCGAUCAUUCAGAGAUUAUUUUUCCGUUAGCUAUCGUUGAGUCUUCGGAUACGAUUAAUUUCGAGUCAAUGAAGUCCAAUCGAUAUCCUAAAUUAUGGUUCGAUGGCUUGCCAGCAAUUUGCCAAGGAUUUUGUAAUCGCUCUGUCGAAGUGUACAAGAUAUGUCUUGCUUUGAUGAUGACGCAGUCUCGGAUCACACGUCUUGUGACAAUUUGCGGUGAGGAAGGUAUCGGUAAGACAGCGGUUGCCCAUGCUGUGGCAAACUAUGUUGGACCGCGUAUUACUUCGGAAGGAGGGGUCCGGAUAUUUUCGGUGGCCAGGCUUGCCCAGGACGAAAUAGAUGAGAACGUGGGAGUGAUGCGGCGUAACAUCAACAUUGCGAACGUCAGAUGCCGCGUACUGAGUCGGUUAGAAAUGAUGGUGUCGGAUCAUCUCAAGCAACACAAGGCUCGAAUUGAGCUCGACGGUCAGCAAAUGCUGAUGGUCAUGGAUGGUUGCGAUUAUCUUGUGAGCGGAUACGCUCGUCGCGACCAUUUCCGCGCUUUCCUGUCGGAUAUCCUGACGAAUAAUGCAUCUUUGAAGGUCGUGCUGACAACAAGGACGUCUAUCUGUACGGAUGGUGCUGUCUGCGGUCAUGGGGAGCGGUUGUAUACGCUUUCAAAGUUUGACAUGAAGAACGCGACGAUGAUGCUGGUGCGUCUUAUGAGCCGGCCUAUUCGUAUUGAAGAGCUGAAGCGCGCGCGCAUUACUAGCUCCUCCGAUAAGCUAGAGCUUAUUGCUUCUCACCCGGCACUCAUAGCCACGAAGGGUAUUCCCAAAGGCAUAGCUGACCUUGCUGGCAGACUCAACGAGACAACCAUGGACGAAAUUCUCGUGGACGAGACUGACUUGAAUCUUAUAGAUCGAAUAGAAUCGUAG